AUGCAAUGUAAACCUUUCAAGUGGUACAUUGACCAUGUCUAUCCAAGUCUGGAAACAUGGGACAACAUCUUGGGUUAUGGUGUGUUGCAGAACACGUUUUUUAAGCGGUACUGUGUGGAUCAGGGAGCCCUUCCAGGAAACAUCCCAGUUUUGUAUGAGUGCCACUUCCAACAACCACAGCACUGUUACUACACCACAGACAAUGAAAUCAUCAUAGGAGGCCUUAAAUCUCACAAGUAUAACAAUAACCGCUGCCUGGUGGAUCCAGGCUCUGGAAGUCUCCCCACUCUGCAUGACUGUCCCAUGGCAAAGCUGAACCACUUACACAUGCACUGGGACUUCACACAAGGCCAAGCAAUCAGGAACAAGGAAACCAACAGAUGUCUUGAGAUCGCUCAGGGGGAAAGCUUUGACUAUCAACUCAUCAUUCAGCAGUGCAGCCAGCAGAGCUGGACGAUUCAGCAUCUCGUCACAAACUUCUAG